CGUACGCACAUUCUCACUAAUUAGUCAUUACUUUUUUGCUUCAUACAACAAUUUAAUCUCUCAUCUGUAACCUUCCAAACCUUCUUCUGUUUUCUCUGAUUUUCAACUGUUCUCCAACCCCCACUUUUUUAUCUUCUUCUUUGCUAAUAGUACUAUAUAUAUAGUAUCAUCAUCUUCCAUUAUAUUCUUCCUUUUUUUUUCUCAUCAGAAAAAGUAACUGAAGGAAAAAAAUGGUGAAUAUCUUGAGUUUGAUAACAGGAUUAGCUGGUCCAAGUGGGUUUGGAUCUGCUUCAACUGCGGAACAAGUUACUGAAGGUGUUGAUGCUUCUAAACUUACGGCCAUUAUCACUGGAGGAGCAAGUGGAAUAGGAUUGGAGACGGCAAGAGUGCUAGCUCUUCGGAACGCCCAUGUCAUAAUUGCUGCGAGGAACAUAAACGCCGCAAAUGAAGCUAAGCAACAAAUCCUAGACAAGAUUAAAUCGGCUCGAAUUGAUGUUCUUAAGCUUGAUCUUUGCUCAAUCAAAUCCGUCAAAGAAUUCGCAGCCGAAUUCCUUUCUCUAGACCUACCUCUUAACAUCUUAAUAAACAAUGCUGGCAUUAUGUUCUGUCCAUUCAAGCUCUCUGAAGAUGGGAUUGAGCUACAAUUCGCCACAAAUCAUAUAGGACACUUUUUGUUAACAAACAUGUUGCUUGAUAAAAUGAAGCAAACAGCUAAAACAACUGGCAUUGAAGGAAGAAUAGUUAAUUUAUCAUCAAUAGCUCAUCUUCAUACUUAUCCAGGAGGAAUUAGAUUUGAUAACAUUAAUGAUGAAGUUGGUUACUCCGACAAAAGGGCUUAUGGACAAUCCAAAUUAGCAAACGUACUACAUGCCAUUGAGUUGUCUCGUCGUCUCAAGGCAGAGGGCGCAAAUAUUACUGUCAACUCUUUACACCCAGGAUUAAUCAUGACAAAUCUCAUGAGACAUUCUUACUUCUUAAUGCGAUUUCUUAACAUUCUGACCGGGUUGCUGCUAUGGAAAAACGUAUCCCAGGGAGCAGCAACAACUUGCUACGUGGCCCUCCAUCCGAGUUUAAAAGGUGUAACAGGCAAGUAUUAUGUAGACUGCAAUGAGUUGGAGCCACAUGCACUUGCUAAAGAUGAGACGUUGGCCAAGAAACUCUGGGACUUCAGUGAGAAUCUGGUGAACUCAGCUUCCAAGCUUAAAGAAAUUAAUUAGUUCUCAGUAAUUGUUUCUCUAAUCAUUAUGACACAGAAGAGUGUCCAAUGGUUCUAAGGUUCGAAUUACACCAAAAGAUGAUGCUUUGUUUUGCAUUAUUUAUUACAGCAAAUUAUAGUGUAAAAGAUAUGACUUACCUAUCGUAAUGUCAUGCUAUUGCAAAUGAAAAGGGUUGUUGAAUACA